GGGUCAGAAACGCCCGUCGCCGGGUCCACCCAAGCUAAUGCACGGCUUCUCCAGAGCGCAUUACACACUCUCCCGAUGUCUGGAGAUAGCAUCUAAAUAUCUGAACCGACCGAUCAGCGUCCACCGGCUGGUUGCUGUGUUUUCGUCUGCGAUGCGGUGGAGUCUGUGAGCCCCAAUCUGAAGGCGUUAUACCAGGAUGGACCUCAGGACGAGAGGAAGCCGACCACAACUUCACCGCCGGGCUUGGUGUUCCUCGAUGGUCUCGGCGUAGCCUCGUUCCCCAGGUAUCUGAUCACUGAAGCUGGGGGCUCGUCUCGCAUGAACGGCCGCACACGGAUCAUCCCAGACGGGUUGGUGGCAGUCGGCCGAGAUUGAGGAUGAAGAAGCCCAAAGUGAACCGAAUGGUCCUGGCCAUGUUUUUAGGAUGCUUCAUCAUAGCCAUUUUCUAUUGUCAGAACAAUUUGAAACAAGCCUCUGAGUCCGCCAUUGAAGGGACCAACGGGCAGAAAUCCAGGAGGAGUCCACUUCAGACGCUCUAUGACGGCGACCAGGUGGAGUCCUCGGUGCAGGCAGCCCACCAGGGCCGGCGGGAGCUGCUGGAGGAAGCCUGCCGCUCCUACACCCGCAAGCGCCGCGUGCUGAUCCCAGAGGACCUGAAGCACGUGAUGGUGGACGACCGGCACGGCCUGCUGUACUGCUACGUGCCCAAGGUGGCGUGCACCAACUGGAAGCGCGUGCUGAUGGUGCUGACAGGCGCGGCCGGUCCGCAUCGCGACCCGCUGGACAUCCCGGCCCAUGAGGCCCACGUGGCGGGCACCCUGCGCACGCUGUCCGAGUACUCCACCACCGAGAUCAACCGCCGCCUGCGCUCCUACCUCAAGUUCGUGUUCGUGCGCGAGCCCUUCGAGCGGCUGGUGUCGGCCUACCGCAACAAGUUCACGCGCAGCUACAACGAGGCCUUCCACAAGCGCUAUGGCACCAAGAUCGUGCGGCGCCACCGGCCCGACCCACGGCCAGAGGCGCUGGAGGCGGGCGACGACGUGUCCUUCGAGGAGUUUGUGUACUACCUGGUGGAUCCGGCCACGCAGCGCGAGGAGCCCUUCAACGAGCACUGGGAGCGGGUGCACUCGCUGUGCCACCCCUGCCUCAUCCACUACGACGUGGUGGGCAAGUACGAGACGCUGGAGCAGGACUCCAGCUACGUGCUGCGGCUGGCCGGCGCCGAGCAGCAGGUGGCCUUCCCCGCGUCCCACAAGAGCACCCGCACUACGGGAGACAUGGCCGCGCAGUUCUUCCACAAAAUCCACCCCUUCUACCAGAAGAAGCUGUUCAACCUGUACCGCAUGGACUUCCUGCUCUUCAACUACUCCACGCCCGCCUACCUCAAGUUCACGUGAGGGCGUCGUGGGCCUCAUGUGGCCUCAGAGAUCCCCUGAGGUCAGGGAGGAUGUUUGGGCCUGAGGGCCACCGUACCGGAGGUCAGGUGUGUGGACGGUGAUUCUGGAACUUGUCUGUGACAUUCUGGUCACAGACAAGUCAAAAACAUCUUUACAAAAAAUGUGUCUUAAAAAGACAAUGGUGAGAGAGGGUGCCUGAAGCCUUUCUUUUUUUUAACUCUAAAAGUUGAGCCAUAACAUGAUUGUCUACUGUACGUGUGUAUGCUAGACACAUAAUUUCAUGAAAAACUUUAAUUCUGCUGUUUUCAAACAAGGCUGAAAUGUCAUUUCCAGGCAACAAGAGGAACAUUGGUUAAUGGUCCUAUUUAUAUAACAUUUAGAAGAUGAAUGUUUUUAAACAAUGUGCCUUCGAUGAUGGGCCUUUACUCAAAGAAACCAACGUGUGGAACUGGGACCAGUUCAGCCAUGUACUGUACGGACCUUUGCAACAAUGACACUUUCUCUUUUAUUUAUUACAAUAUUUCUGGCUCUGGUGAAGAAAGUCCAACCAAAAAUAGGCAGAGUCUGCAAAAAAACAUGUUGAAGCAGUUGUUGUUAAGUGUCUGUGGAUUAAAGAGUGAUAUGUCACGAUA